CACUCCUGACUGUAAUCACCUUGUCAGUGCCUCAGUGGAGUUCACCAGUGGAGAAGCUACAGCCAUGGUGCAGAAAUAUCAGUCACCAGUGCGGGUUUACAAGUACCCCUUUGAACUUAUAAUGGCGGCCUAUGAGAGAAGAUUCCCAACUUGCCCCCUCAUCCCCAUUUUUGUGCACAGCGACAUCAUCAGUGAGAGACAGAGUGAGGACGGAGCGACUCAUGUAAUUGAGCGCAGGUGUACUAUUGAUGUAGAGGCCCCUCGAUUGUUGAAAAGGAUAGCAGGGGUGGACUACCUGUACUUUGUGCAGAAAAACACACUGGAUUGGCAACAGAGGAGCCUGCAUAUCGAGACCUACAAUGAAUCCUUUUCCACCAGGGUGAUCGUGAAAGAGUACUGCAGCUACACGGUGCACCCAGAAAAUGAAGACUGGACAUGUUUUGAGCUGUCAGCCAGUAUGGACAUGAAGUCUUUUUUUGGAUUUGAGAGUACAGCAGAGAAGAUUGCUAUGAGGCAGUAUGGUUCCAGUAUUAAAAAGGGCAAGGAGAUUAUUGAAUAUUACCUCAGUGAGCUCAAAACAGAGGGUAUAACUCAUAUACCUCGUUGGACUCCUCCUUCCACCACCACAGCACCCCCCCAGCCAACACUCAAUGCAGCCGCUAUUCGCACACACAAGUGCAGCAAAGAAGACAGUGAAAGAGUCCACAUUAAUCUUACAGAGAGGUUGCCUGUUUCUGUAGAAGAUAAGUUAGAUGCAGAUUACAUCCUACAUUAUCUAGGAGAGCUGAGCCCUCUGAAUGAGAGUUGCUUCAUCCGCCUACGGCAAUGGCUGCAGGAAACACACAAGGGAAAGCUCCCUAAAGACCAGCAUGUGCUACGGUUUCUGCGCUCACGGGAUUUUAACGUAGAGAAAGCUCGAGAGGCAUUGUGCCAUACACUAACCUGGAGGAAACAGCAUCAGGUGGACUUUCUGCUGGACUCAUGGCAGUGCCCACAGCUGUUGCAAGACUGCUACACAGGGGGAUGGCACUAUCAUGACAAAGAUGGCUUACCUCUCUACAUCUUACGGCUAGGACAAAUGGACACCAAAGGACUUGUACGGGCUUUAGGGGAAGAAUCUCUUCUUCGACAUGUUCUAUCUAUCAAUGAGGAAGGUCUCAGGCGCUGCGAGGAGAACACAAUCAUCUUUGGUAAACCCAUUAGUUGCUGGACUUGUCUGGUGGAUCUGGAGGGGUUGAAUAUGAGGCAUCUGUGGAGGCCAGGAAUUAAAGCUUUACUGAGGAUUAUAGAGGUGGUGGAGGCCAACUACCCCGAGACACUAGGAAGGUUGCUAAUACUGAGAGCUCCCAGAGUCUUUCCUGUGCUCUGGACACUGAUCAGCCCAUUCAUUGACGAGAACACCCGCAAGAAAUUCCUCAUCUACGCUGGGAAUGACUAUCAGGAUUCAGGAGGCUUGGUGGAUUACAUAGACAGAGAGUUCAUCCCUGACUUUCUUGGUGGAGAUUGUCCGUGUCAUGUCCCGGAUGGUGGCGUGGUCCCCAAAUCUCUGUACCGCACACCAGAGGAGCUUGAAAAUGAGGAGAUAAAACUCUGGACUGAAACAAUCUACAAAACUGCUAGUGUGUUCAAAGGAGCUCCACAUGAGGUGCUGAUUGAAAUCACAGAAGCAACCUCAGUUAUCACGUGGGACUUUGACGUGUGUAAAGGUGAUGCUGUUUUCAACAUAUAUCACUCUAGAAAAGCCCCACAGACUCAGAAGAGAGAUACUUUGGGAAAUCUGACUGGUCCAGGAGGCAACAAUAUGCAAGUGAUUGAGAAGGCAUGGAUACUGGGGAAGGACUACAGCUUGGUGGAAACAGCUCUAACUUGUAGAGAGGGCGAGAGCAUACAGGGCUCUCAUGUAACACGUUGGCCUGGUUUAUACAUAUUGCAGUGGUGCUUCCACAGCUCAGCAUCUAGCUUAUCCUCACUUCAAGUCUCCACACAGAAGUGUAGGGUGAUGUACUACACCGAAGUGCUACACUCUGAAGACUUCAGGGGUUCUAUGACAAGUCUGGAGUCCAGUCAUAGUGGUUUCUCUCAGCUGAGCACCACCACCACCUCUUCUGGCCAGUCACAUUCCAGUUCAGUUGCUUCACGGUAGAACAUAUGCCACAUAAGAACGGUGAUUGUUUAAUACAAAUUCUGUAUAAAACAUUGCACAGAAUUCCAUGCUGUUGUUACUUAAGUUGUUUGAAUCAUUUCUCAUGUCGUAACAUAUAAUAAUCUGUAAAUUUCUGCAAAAAUGAUGAUGUUUUGUGAUGUUGUUUCAUUAUUUCAUAGACAAAAGUUACUUUAUCUAUACUUUUUUAAAAAUUAUUUGGCUACUUCAUAUGUUUAUUCAUUAAAUAUACUAAAUACAGUCAGCUCCAGAAAAAAAAUAAAGAUGGUUAUAUAAAAAAAGGUUAUGGAAAAAGUGUUAAGCUUAAGCUGACAUUGAAAAUAUGAGAUAAUGUAAUUGAUGUAAAUUUAUUCGGCAUAUUCUUAUGUUUUAUUUUUAUACAGUCUUUGAGCAAUAUUGUAUUAAAGCUAGGUCCUAUUUUUAUUUAACUUUUUUAUUUCCAGCUAAGGAUUUUACUUCCUUUUGUUACGGCCCAGUCUAGGUUGGUUUCAGACCUCUUAAACAGUUAUCCAUGACUUCCUGUUUCAUUGGGGUUUAAAUAUGAGAUGACAAAAAGGCCAAAUUCUCUUACUCAUUCAUCAACAUGCAAAAGAUUCAGUAAUAUACAAAUAAGACAAAAUGAGUGUAUUCACAUUUAUGAAUCAGACAAUGACUAUAAAAAAAUAACUACAUGGUCAUAUUCACUGUAAGAUAAAUAAUUAAUAAUGAUUAAGAAGUUCAAAACACGUGACGCUGUAAUGAACCUGCCUAUAAGAAGGCACAAGUGUAUUUUGCCCUUCAUAUAUAGUGAGGAAGAUGGUUAGAGAGGCUGAUGGCUGAAGUCUUGCAGAUGGUAGUAUUUUGGGGUCACCAAGUCUCUAAAUCUGCAAAUGACAGCACAUGAUGAUAUUUGAGAGGUGUGUCAGAAAGACCUUAGAACCUUCUUAUGAAACAUAUUAUCAUGGAUUCCAGUACCAAAUGAUUUUAAAACACAGGUUAAAACACAAGUGGCUGCUUCUGCCAAAAAGCUACACCUAGUUCAUGGUUCAACGGCCACAGGUUCAAGCUUUUGAGCUCCCAAUUUCCCUGACCUAAACAGCAUUGAAAACCAGUGGGGUGAACUGAAGAGGAGAGUCCACAAAGAAGGGCCUAGGACCCUGGAAGAUAUGGAAUUAUUGUUAUGGGAUUAUUGUGUAAUGAUGUGUGCCCUCAUAUUCUUUGCUCUGCAUUCACCAGUCACCAGUAUUACAGGAGAAGACGCCAUACUCUUGUUGGGAAAGAGGGUUGUGCAAAAUAUUAAAUGCAGGGGUGCCAAUAACUGUCACAGGUGUGGUUUUGUUAAAAAUAAUUUUUAAUUGUUUACUUUCUUAGGAUAAAUGUACUUCAAUUAGAGGUUAGAUUACUCUCAUAUUUUUGGUGUGAAAUUAAGCUGAGUAACCACAAGAACAUUAGAUCUUAACCUUGUUUACCCAUCUUUAUCAAAAGUGCCAAUUAUUCUGGACCUGUCUGUAUAUUUAUUGUGCAAGAGAUUUGCUUCUUUGAUGCCUGCUUUCACAUUUACACUGGGAAGUGUGAUUAUACUUCUCUCCCACAAGAUGGCAAUGUGUUAAGCCUAUGAACACAUUGCCAUUGAAAUGAAAGGUUACUUGAGAUUGGCUUUGAUGCAAAUAAUGAGCAAUGGGGUUAGGGUUAGGGAACAGUAAGUGUUCCUCCAGAAGCAUUUUGUGGACUGUGGACUCUGCAAACUGCUGUGUUUGUUAGAUAAGAACAUUCCACAGGGAACAUUUAUUUGAUAUGUAGGAAUAUGUUAAGAGGUCUUGCAUAUUAAGACUGAGCUUGAUCACCUAGAUCUGACUGCCCUUUAGUUCCAAAGAUACUAUGUAAUAUACCCUAAGAGAAUCAAUAUAUGAAAGCUGACUCUCUCCACUGGGAGAGCUUGAUCAAUAGAAUCGUUUUGCCUUGUUGUAUUCUUUGGUUGAACAAAUGUUGUUUGAUUAAUCUUAGAGGUGUGUUUGUGGAGAUGUUUCUGAAUGUGAAGGAAUCAUGCAAUUACAGAGUUUGGAAAGAAAGAUCACACCUAUAAUUCCUCCCUCUUAGUUAAUAUACAGUGGUUAAUUGUUAUAUACUACCCUUUACUUUCCCCUCUCCUUCAUGUGCUCCAUAACUAUUACUGUAUCUUCACUGUGAGGGGUCCAUUUUUCUAGCACAAAACUUUCUAAACUGAAACCUCACAAAAUUUACAAAAAAGUUAUUUUGAUGAAAGUUAUUUCUCUACAAGAACAAACUGAGCCCCAGUUCAUAUUAAGCUUUUUUUUAUAUACCUACGUUUGCUUAUGUAUAUAGAUUUAAAUCCAGCCAGAAUAAGAAAACUUCAAUCCACCAUCUUAUUUUUUCCUUUAUGAGUAAAAAGUCAUGAGAAACCUGUGUUGCAUAUUAUAGGGGUGCCAAACUUAUCUCCUGGACGACUGGAGUACAUCACACUAUUUUUUAAGGUUCACUACACCUACAAAUACUGACAAUAUACUGAUCAGUUGAAUCAGUAGUUUCUAAGUAGUAACAUCAUCAAACUGUGACAGGACUGAAGCUGGGCACUGUUGUUCUUGUUUUCAAUAUAGUAUAUUCAGUAAGUCAAUUAAACUAGGACCUGUGCAACUUUCCUUACCUGAGCAUACAUAGAUUCCCAAGUUCAUCUGUAGGCCUAUCAGAAUUCAAUUUUCUUAUUGUUGCUCUGUGCAUGUGUAGGUGGUGUAGGUGGCUUUUUUCUGUGUUGUUCCACUUCUAAUUUAUAUUCAAGAGCCACAGGGUGGCUUUGCAGAUUGAUUUACAUACUGUGUAUACAAGCAUAAUUUCCAUAAACUCAUCAACUGCCUGCGGCUAAAGCUGGAUACAUUAACUGUCCAUCUUGGUAUCAUCAUUUCUCCUCCAUGAUCAGGGUCUACUUGUUAUGCUGUAUGUGAGAACCUUACAGGUGGACAUAUUCUUGUGCCUGUUGAGUGUUCAGCAAUAGAUCUUGCUUGCUUGAACAUAUCCUGAUGUUUUUGGUUUAACAAUGCUUGCUUCUUGGCACCAAAAGUAUCCGCCUAUAUUGAUCAGCAAGAUCCACAGGUUACUUAGGGUCAACAUUUUCAGGAAUUAACGGUAUCUGUUAGGCACAGCAAAAUGUUCUUUACAAAUGGUUGUCGCAUUUAACAUCAUCGCAUUUAGCCACUUUAUCCAUAUAUAAAAGGCUAAUAUAAUUAACAGUGCUUAGCUAUAGCUUAGAGCAACAAGGAAGAGAGACAUUUAAAUUGAGGAAGAUUGGCCAAACUAGUGCCCUGGUCCUAAGCCAAGGUGUUUGAAGCCAUUGCUAUUGAUUAGUGCAUGGAUUAUAAAACUGUGCUGAAAGGGCAAUGAUGUCUUAUCAAGAUUCUAUCUACAGCAUUUGUACUCUGUAGCAUAAAGCACUGGCACUGCACCAAUACAAGACUCUUACACAGGAGUGGAAAAAGAGAGUGGAAAAAGAGAAAUUUUACUGAAGUUAAAGUAUAGAUAGUGUCCCAAAAUAUGACUCAAUUAAAAGAUGAAUUAUCCAUCUAAAGCAUACUCAUGUGAAAGUUAAGUUAAUGUCAUGCUAAUAUCAAUGCUAAUUUAAUGUCAACCGCACCAUUUGCUUGAAAACAUCAUUCAGUCUCUGUAAGUUUGCAAUAUUUACCAUUAGCUAGAAUUUGACUUACAUUUGACAUUUGCAUUUAUUCAUUUAGCAGACGCUUUUAUCCACAGUGACUUACAAAUGAUGAAAUAUAAGCAAAGACUUUCUGCUUUUUCAAAUUAGAUGAAGUUCAUACCUUUGAAGGAGUCAAAUAAGAUGCCUCAAGUCUUUGCUUACUUCAGCAUAUUGAAAAAUUCUACUGAGGUAUAGGCCCAGGGGUGCUCUUCUUCAUGUUAAACACUGCUGUCCCUUGGCAUAUCCAUAUUCAGACACAAGGAUAGUUUUAGCACUAACCUGGUCCACAUGUCUCCACAUGCCGAAGUGUCCUUGGGCAAGACACUGAAGUUGCUCCUGAUGGUAAGCUAGCGCCUUGCACGCAUGUGUGGAUGUGAAUGGGUGCAUAAGAAACAGUGUAAAGUGCUUUGUAGAACCGCUAAGGUUAAAAAGCGCUAUAUAAGUGCUGACCAUAUGUAGCAUACAGUCUUUGGCUGGAUGAGAGAAGAACAGGGACUAUGAUGGUCUAAAAAAAUAUAAUGAUUAAAAACAUUUUUUUUUUUGUUUUACUCUGAAUUGCAAUUAAGUAAGAGUACAAGUAUUUAGUUUCAAUAAUAGUCAAGUACAUUCUAAAUACACCCAAAAUAAUAGUUAACCAUAUUAGCAGUACAAUUCCUCAAGUAUUUUCCACCCUGCUUUUACAUUCAUAUUAACACAUUCAGAAAUUAUACUGUAUAGUAACAUAUAGCACAUAUUGCAGGUCAUACACUGUUAAAAAUCCAUUAUGAUACUGAAAGCUGCUUGAGAAACUGGACAUUUUACACAGAUAACUAACUAUAUUGCAGUGGUGUAGAAUUUUCUACAUUUCUGCAUAAAUAUGAACUAAAAAGUCCUAAAAGUUUUAGGUCAAAUUUAUAUAAAUAUAUAGAAAAUUCUGGCACCACUGUAUUAUUAUUUCAUUGUUUCAGUUUAAGGAUUAUAAUUUAGACUGGCCUAAUAACAUAAUGUUGAAAUUUUUAAUUAUUAGAAAUUAUUUGUUAAAAGGAUUUCAGGCAAGCCUGAGUCAUGUUUAAAGUCUUUAGUUAGGAUUUAAUUUCAAAUCAAUCCAACUUAAUCAGCAUUUGUGAGUUUGGUUUCAUAACAGUCAAUAGAUGGUCAGUGGGGUCACCUAUUUUGUUGUCAGUUUGGUGUCGUUGUCAUUUAAUGCAUAUAGCACUUUGGUUAUAUAUUAUUUUUUAACAUUGGUUACUGGCUGUUUAUUUGAAGCUGCACUGGACCUAAGAGUGCCGCCUGCUACAUGAGAAAAAAACAUUGCAAAAGGUUGGAAAAGAAAGCGUUUAUUAAGUUACCAUCCAGAUUUAAAUUUUGUUCAUGUUUUUUUCCAGACUGAUAUUUUACUCUAAAUUGCAAGUAAGUGUAAGUCUGAAGUAUAUUCUCAAAUAAUAAGAAGAAUUAAAAAUUAUUUUGCAACAGUUGA